CAAUCAUGUCCCUUACAGAACAGCUCUCCGCACAAUUCCAGGGCUUCCACCAAAAUGCCCCACCUCAAUUCAAAGGCCCCAUAUUGGCGGCUAUGGACGAACACAAAUCUUCUUUCAAGCCUGGUGCCGCUCUUCAGAUCGGCCAGGCUUUUCCAGACUUCUCCUUGAGCAAUGCCGUCAGCGAAAAGGUUUCUCGGGAUGAUCUGCUUGCUAAGGGGCCAUUCUUUAUCACAUUCUACCGUGGAGAAUGGUGUCCGUUCUGCAACCUCGCCAUCGGUGCCCUCCAAGCGCACCUCGAUGAAUUCACUGUCAAGGGCGUCACUCUCGUUGCUGUGUCCCCCGAGCUACCGAACGGCAACCUCUCAAUGACGGAGAAGCACGACCUCAAGUUCCCAGUGCUGUCGGACCAGGGAAAUCAGCUUGCCAGGAAGCUCGGGAUCAUCUUUGCGAUGCCAGACUCGCUAAGGCCCGUGUUUGACAUGACUGGACAUAAUUUGAAGAAGACGAAUGGAGACGACUCGUUUGAAGUUCCUUUGCCGGCGGCAUUCCUGGUCGAUGGGAAGGGAGUCGUCAGAAACUCGUAUGUGGACCCGGACUACACCAAGAGGAUCGAACCGACGACAGCACUUGGGUGGAUUGAUGCGCUAUAAAGCCAAUAGGCAGGUGGUUUGAGGUGGCGACUGUAUAGUUCCAUUUUGUGAGAAUCUUCGCGACCCUAGAAUCUCACCUCGCUCUUUUACCCUCAUAUAGCAAUCUAAAACUCCGCUCCAAACAUUUUUG